AGCACCAAACCUCUGUCGACUCCGCCCAGACAAAUCGCCAAAAUGACUGUCAUCAACAAGAACUUGUCCUCCAGCCGGAGAAAGAGCCGCAAGGCUCAUUUCUCCGCGCCAUCCAGCGUCCGCCGUGUGAUCAUGUCCGCACCGCUGUCAAAGGAGCUCCGCGAGAAGCACAACGUCCGCUCCAUCCCAAUUCGCAAGGACGACGAAGUCAUCAUCAAGCGUGGAACCAACAAGGGCCGCGAGGGCAAGGUCACUUCCGUCUACCGCCUCAAAUACGUUAUCCACAUCGAGCGUGUCUCCCGCGAGAAGUCCAACGGCCAGGCUGUCCCUCUCGGCAUUGCACCCUCCAAGGUUGAGAUCACCAAGCUCAAGCUCGACAAGGACCGCGAAAAGAUCAUCGAGCGCAUCAGCCAAGGCCGCGAGGCCAACGAGAAGAAGCGCAAGUCUGCUUAGAUUGCCCACCACACACCGCAUCCCUUGACCAGAAAGAUGUCGGAAGAGGUGGAUGAAAAGUUAUGAGCUGGGUGGAUGGCGUUCUGCGGCGUUGUCCUCGUACACACAUGGAUGCGACUUGACAACGUCUGCUGGCUGGCGAAAUUUUCUCUCUUUGGCGAAAGAGAUACGUGGAUACCAUACCCGAGAAAUCGACUUGAAACCCAGUGCAUUUCCUGCUUCCACCUUGUUCUUCAUCUCUUCAUUGGGGUGCUACAGGUCUUGCGCACACUCCCUGCCGGU